UUCAUACUCUUCCUCUCUGUACAGCUCAUCCUGCAUCUCUAAGAAGCUUUCUGUCCUGCGUUUGCUUUUGAAAUAACAAAUAAAUAAUACAAAAGUGUCCAAAGAAAAUAAGCCAUGAGAAUUUGGCCAUUUACAAGUCUCGUCUUGCUCGUGUCAGCGUCCACAGUGGUCUGCGGAACUUCGCUGGAGGGAGAGCUGUCCGUCUCCCUGAGGGAUAAUUUCCUGGAACCUUUGAGGAGCCUGUUUCGCCAGAGGGAAGCCAGCAACGUUCUUGCCAAGUUCUCUCUCAGGAGACCGUCUUUGCCAGAUGAUGACGUCUGUUAUAUUGUGCCGGGCAAAGAGGAGACCUUGGGCAACUGCAAUUUUAACAGUACCGCCAAAACGUUCCUGGUGAUUCAUGGUUGGACGGUGAGUGGCUUGUUUGAGAGCUGGGUUGCCAAGAUGGUAGCAGCGCUGUAUGACAGAGAGAAAGAUGCCAACGUAAUAGUGGUGGACUGGCUGGACAUGGCUCAGAACCAUUACAUUGUGGCGGCAGAAAACACGCAGAAGGUUGGACAGGAGGUUGGACAUUUCAUAGACUGGAUAGAGGAGGCAACCAAUAUUCCACUGGAGAAGGUUCAUCUUAUUGGCUACAGCCUUGGUGCCCACGUUGCUGGAUUUGCAGGCAGCCAUACUACCAACAAAGUUGGAAGAAUAACAGGUCUUGAUCCAGCCGGACCUGAUUUCGAAGGAGCUCAUGCACACAGACGGCUUUCUCCUGAUGAUGCCCGUUUUGUAGAUGUUCUACACACCUACUCUAGAGGAACUCUGGGCCUCAGUAUUGGUAUUGAGCAGCCGAUUGGCCAUGUGGACAUUUACCCCAAUGGAGGAAGCUACCAGCCAGGCUGCAAUCUCCGAGGAGCACUUGAGAAGAUAGCUCAUUUCGGAUUAGUUGCAAUGAACGAGGCAAUAAAGUGUGAGCAUGAGAGGUCUGUCCACUUGUUCAUUGACUCCCUCCUCAAUGGAGAGGAGCUAAGCAAGACCUACAGUUGUGCGAGCAGUGAUAUGUUCGAACGUGGCAUGUGCCUGAGAUGCCACAGGAACCGCUGCAACACCAUGGGCUAUGACAUCAAGAAGGUCCGCAAAGCUCGCAGCGUCAAGAUGUUCACCAAGACUCGAGCCACCAUGCCAUUCAGAGUUCAUCACUAUCAGCUGAAGAUUCACUUCACAGCACAGACGGACCAAACACAAACAGAACCUACUUUAACGGCCUCCCUAUAUGGCACCAGUGGUUCGGUUGAAAACCUCCAACUUAAAGGAGAUGAUAAAAUCACCACCAACAAGACACAUUCCUACCUCUUGGUUACAGAGGAGAAUAUUGGUGACCUUCUGAUGCUGAAGCUCAAAGUAGAGGACUCCAGUAGCUGGUCUGUUUCUUCACUGCUCAGCAAGGCACAGUCAUGGUGGAAUGGAGAUACUACUGGUUCUGAACCUCAAGUCAAGAAAAUACGCAUCUGGAUUGGGGAGACGCAAAAAAAGCUCAUAUUUUGCCUGAAAGAUCACCAGAAAUCAAGAACAUCUCACGAAGCAACCUUUGUGAAAUGCAAAGAAACGUGGAGGAAAGCAUCUAGAAGGGCGCACUGAGAGGACUCGCUGAGAAGCCUCACAGGUUGUCUACAGACAAAUUCAACUCAUCCAAACGAAGCACUUAAUCAGUUGUUUCUAAAGCUGUUAUUUAUUUUGUAUUUAAGAUGUGUUUGUGCUGGCCUUACUGUAUUGUAUACAUACUGUCUUGCAAGGGGGGUUAUUUAAUACUUGUAACUUAAUACUGUAACUUUAAUGUGUAAUUUUUUUCCGUAAGCACUACCAUUGUAAUGCAGUGGUCACACAAUACAUGGAUCAAAGUUACGAGGAA